UUCAAACAGAAACAAAAGUGUCUUCAAAUAGUAACAAUGAAAUUCCAAUACACUUGUGUCUUCCUUUUGGCCUUAUUCGCUGCCAGCCAGGCCUUCAGCGCCAGCUGGGGAAAGAGGAACGGAACUGACUUCUUGGUGCUCCGCCAGACUGAAGUCCGUCAACCCUUGAAGAACAAUUACUGGAACGUCAAUGUGAACUAUAAUGGCCAAUACUUCAUUACGUUCAUCAAUGUUAUCGAUAACUUCCGCAACAGCUCUGGUGCCGCACCCAGCAUCUAUUCCGGUGGUGUAGGAUACCGUAACACCGUGGUUACCCUCAAGAGCCAGGUUAGCCGUGGUCUCAACUCCACCGUUGAGAUCUGGGCUCGUCGCUAAGACCAAUUCAACUUUUCUAAAACUCGAGUACUCCUACAAAAAAAAAAUAAAUUCAAAUGACUUAUCACUUAAAC